AUGGCACCCGAGCCUAGUCGUCGUUCAAGACGCCAUCGGAGCCAGUCGCGUCCGCGUCCACGUGAACAUUCACCUCUUCGAGAGCCUUCACACCGCCGUCCUCCACGUGAUGCUAGUCCUCUCUACUCCCCCACACGUAAACGCUCUGAUCCUGAACCACGUUCCCAUCGUCACAAACCAGUUAUGCAUCAACGCGCUAAAUCGCGACCGCCUCAAUCGAAACCUGGUAUGAAUGAAGUUCGAGUCAGCGUUAAGCGCCCACGUGUGCGUUUCAGCAUGGUCGAUGUUGAAGGCGCAGCAAAGGCGAUUUCAGCUAAAGCUACAUACAGUGGAUUUCUACGCAAGCAAGCGGAUAAUGAACCAGGCGCGUGGAACAAAUACUACUUUGUAAUAAAGCCGUUGACGUACCUUUUGUACUAUAAUACAAAAGACGAUGACAAACCACGAGGAAUUAUCGACCUGGAGUACUUAACUGAUGUCAAACGUAACGUUGAUUGUCUACAACGUGCAAUUGGAGGAAGUGACAAUUGCUUUCGAGUGUCGGGGAAAUUACCACGACCAACUGCAGAACAAGUUGCUAUGGGUGAAGUUCCAAAGAUGCGACCACUGUAUUUGGACCCUGAGAGUGCUGAGGAUGCAGAAGAAUGGAUUAAUGCGAUUCGUAAUCACCGGUUUAGUGUGAAAAGAGAUAAAGAAUUUUUUGCCAUUGCACAACAAAUGCGGGACGCAGAGAUCCGUGUAUCACGACUUGAAGAAAUUAAGGUGAAAGAAGCUGAAGACCAGCGCAAUCUUCGUGCGAAAGCUAAGAAGUUAUUGCAACAAAUGCGAGCGGUUCAAAGUGGCAAUAUGGACGAGCUUCCAGAAGUGACUGUCGACGACCUCGAUGAUACUGCUGACACUAUGCUUGCUCUUUUGGAAGGAAUGGAGGAUGCAUUGGUGGGUUUGCAAGGAAAGCUGAGUCAACAAAAGUUAAAUAGCGUGGAACCAACGAACAUACGCAAAGGCUUUGCACAAGUGAUGCAACGCGCUGUAUCGAGGCGUGAAAAUACACACUUUGUCGAACUUGAUGAGAAAGAGGAGACGCUUGCUGCCAUAAGAAGUAGAAGACAGCGUAAUCAGGAAAUGCCUAAGGAAAAGGCAGGUACCGUAGCGGAAGUGCCGCGCGAGAGAGUCAAAGAAAAGUCAAAGGAACUACCAAUAGCGAAGGCGAAGGUUGAAAAAAAUACCAAAGAGACGAAGAAAGAACCAAAGGUGAAAUCUCAAGAUGAAGUGAAGAUCGAAAAGAAAAAAGAAUCAAAGGAAAUGGUUCAAGAAGACGUGCCUGAGCUCGAAAAUGUGUCGGAUGUUCUUGCCAUGUGGAAGGCAAAGAAGAAAAAGAAUCCGUCAUCAGGAAAGCCGACUAACUCAGAAGACAAUACCUCAAGAAAAAGAACAAAAUCUCGAUCGAAAUUGGACAAGCUCAUGUCAGCACCAAAAUACCAAAGUGGCGAUCAGUUGUCGGAAGAAGACACACUUUCAGUUGUAUCGUCGGAUGAAAGCGAUUGUAGUGAGAAACUACCUCCUGGUUGGACUAAACAUGAGAGUCGGGGGUACCCUGGAACCUACUACUAUGCUCACGAAUCAGGCAAGGUGAGCUGGGAAGUACCAACUGAAGAAAUGAUUGAUGGCACGGAUUGCAUUAGUGAUCGCGAAGACCAAAGCGAACUUGAAGAUGGAGAUGUCUACAGUGAAUACGAAGUCGAGGAGGAAGUCGACAUUUAUCCUGAUACUACUAGGACAAUUGACACAAGUCCUGAAUAUUCGAGUGAAUGCGAGACUGAUCCAGAGACUGCAGGCGCUACCACAUCAGCAGCGUAUCGCAGGAAAAAGCCAAAGCCGAAAUCGGCGUGGGCAUUUAAGCUUCCAAAGCUGCUACCGACGAACCCAACGCCAGCUGCGCCAACGGAAGCCGCUGCCAUUUCGUCGUCCCCAAUUCGCCACGGUGCUAACCAUCAUGAAUUCUAA